UCCUUCUGCUCCCAGCCUCGAGCUCCAGUCCCCUUUUCCUCCUGACAUCUGAGAGGCUCUGCUGCAGCAUAUCCUGGGCUAACUGUUUAUCCUGUACAGCCUGGCAACUGGCCGCAUGCUCCGGAUUACCACAGGACACCAAUUUCAAAACACAUGUUACUUUUCUCUGACUAUUUGAGUUUUUUUAACUGAAGGAAAAAGUUUUGGGAUAGUGACGGGAAAAAGAGAGAAGCAUCUUGGAUAUGUGCUUGUGAUCUUUUUUGUUUUUGGUUGAUUUAGUAACUUUACCCUCUUUACUUGCCCUUCUCACCUUUCCUGGAGGGCCGUGUGUGUUUGCACGAAAUGGAUCACACACUGUUCGGCUGCCUGCGGAGCCCUCACGCCCCGGCACAGGCCCUGCAUCCCGCCUUCACCCAGUCUCCCCUGACUCUGCACGGACGCUCGGACCACGUCUCCUACCCUGACCUGGCCUCUUCAUCCUCCUCCUCCUCUACCUCCUCACCCUCGCCCUGUAUCAUCUCCAGCUACCCGUCCGAUGAUGGUGUGUUCUCCGGGCAGCACCACCACCACCCCCACCGCGGCCACCUGCCCUCCCAGCAGCAUCACCACCCUCCUCAGCACCAUGCAGCUUGGCAUAUCCCACAGAUGCCAUCACCUGGCAGCACGCGCCACAACCUUUGCCACCCGCACUCCCACUCAGUUCAUGACAGUGGGCCCACACCCCCAGAUUUGGGCCACCCUGGUGGGCCCAGUAUGUGCGCCAGCACCCCCAGUCUGGUCAGCGGCAGCACCCCUACAGGGGCCUCCUGUGUGCCUGCAGACUUUGGCAGACAGACUCUGUCACCUGCUGAGGCUGAGAAGAGGAACAGCAAGAGGAAAAGUGACAGUUCAGAGUCCCAAGACGGGAAUUACAAGUCAGACGUGAACAGCAAGCCCAGGAAGGAGAGGACGGCGUUCACUAAAGAGCAGAUCCGAGAGUUGGAGGCUGAGUUCGCUCACCACAACUACCUAACCAGACUAAGGCGCUACGAGAUCGCUGUCAACCUCGACCUCACCGAAAGACAAGUGAAGGUGUGGUUCCAGAACAGGAGGAUGAAGUGGAAAAGAGUGAAAGGCGGCCAGCAGGGGGCAGCAGCUCGAGAGAAAGAACUGGUCAAUGUGAAAAAGGGGACGUUGCUGCCAUCAGAGUUCUCUGGCAUCGCGGCGCUCCACCACUCGACGGACUCCUUAGCCAAUGAGGACAGUCAUGACAGCGACCAGAGCUCCGAGCAUGCUCACUUAUGAUG